ACACACACACACACACACAACCCCACACACACACCAAACACACACAGACACUUAGUGAAGAGUGGUGGACUGAAAACACUGCAGACGGUCCUGGAGGUCUGUUUACCAAAGCUGGAGCUGAGGCGAUAAAAAUGAAAAUAUUUCAAGACUCCGCCCCCAUUUUCUUCCACCUUCUGCUGUUGCUCCAGCUGUUUGUUCAUUCAGCGUCUCUCCCCACCCACCAUUGUCCAAACUGUGCCAGAUUUGAAUCAAUGAUCAGGCAUAUGGGAAGACUGCAGCAGCUGUCCAGAACGCUCCACGGCUUGACGGAGAGUGAACUCAAUAUCUUCAAGUUAUCCGACUACAAACUGGAUCACCUCCCUAAAAUGGACCACGCUGCUGCCCAUCUCUAUUCAGUGAAGCCUGCUGAGGCUCUCUCCCAGCUGUAUUUGGAUGUGAGGGCCUUCGAGCUGCAUACGGAAUGGUUAAAAACAGCCAGGGAGAAGUUCAGCCUGGAGUAUGCCCCCAAUACUUUAGAGGGCGCUAGCAUAUACCUACAACACGUCUCUGGCCUCCUCAGCACUGCACUUAAGCAGAACAACGUGGAGAUUCUUCAGCCUCCCACUCCCUCUUUCCCGCCUGCAUCCACGUCCUUCGACGUGGUCAGGUUCUCCAUCGAGGUGUCAGAGCAGCUGCGAAGCUUCUGCGAUUGGUCAAAAAGAGUGUUACACCAUCUGAAGUCCCAAUGCCGCUGCCUGUGACACCGGGAUUAAUGCCUCUCAACGAUAACUACGUGCAACUGUGAAUGUCUUCCCAUCUUCCCACAACAGCACUGUUAACUUAUUUAUAUUUAUCUUAUUUUAUUGUUAUUAUUUUAAAUUAGUGUGUUUGUGUCACAUUUCUGAGGAAUGGCUCACAGAUGUAGCCUUUUUUUGUGUGGUUGUGUUAACCCAGGGUACUGUAUUAGUCUUUGUCUCUGUGACCUUCGCUCUUUUUGAGCAUGUUUACAUGUCUGAUAGUCUUAACCGUACCCUUUUGCUGCGUUCCAUUCAAAGUCCGAGGUCGGAAUUUCCCAGUUGAAAUUUCCUAUUUUCGACCUCCAAGCGUUCCACGUGCACAAUGCCAAACGUAAACACAAAACAUGGCUAACUGUGACAAAUGGGUGUUUCUGUUUUGGGUUUGUUUUUUUUUGCCUCCUUGCAUAUAUAUAUAAACAAAACAGAGGAGUAACAUUUGUGCAGAGGAGAUAACGUUACCGUAACCAGCUACCUAAUAACACCGGCAACAUAUUUUGACAUGAUGGUUUACCACUAACACUGUGCGCCUCCAUGGGCGCUACCAUUGUUGUGUGACGUCAGACAACUGCUUCUGCAUGAAGUCAGGGUAGAUGGAUUUGCCCCAACUUUGAGUGUACUUUUUCUAGUAGGAGGUCGUAAAAUCUUGACUUCCGAGUUGUCUGGAACGCAGCAUUUGAGUACAUAAGUUAUUCAGUUUUGGGAAAAUGUUACCGAUUUAAAUGUGAUUGAGCCAGUAGCAAUAUUUUUCUACUGUAGUUUGUUGUUGUUUGCUAAACUGAUGUGAAUUAAGUUUUAUUUAUGAGUUUUUUUAUACUUAAUGUUUGAUAGAUUUUUGGUUGAGAUGCAGGCAUCUCAUUUCUUUUGAUGGAUAUUGCA